GCAGCGUGAGCCCCGCGGCGGCGCCGCCUUCACCGGAGCCCGUCCCCACUCCCUGGCCGGUGUCCGCAGGGACGCCGCCGGCUCCUGACCGCCCGUCUCCCCGCGCUCCCCGGCGCCGCGCUGCCCUCCCUCGGCUCGGCCCUGGGCUUCCGGGCCAGGGCGGGGCCGGCGGGUGCGGCCCGGGACCGCGUCUUCCGGGCGCCAUGGAACCCGGGGCGGUUGCGGACGCCGUGGAGACUGGCAGGGAAGACGUGAGCGUGGACGCUCUGCAGGCGUACAACCGCGAGCACUCAGAGAGCUUCAGCUUCGACGACGCGCAGCGCGAGGACCGGAAGAGGCUCGCGGAGCUGCUGGUGUCCGCGUUGCAGCGGGGCCUGCCGGCCGCCCACCGCGUCACCUGGCUGCAGAGCGUGCGCAUCCUGUCCCGGGACCGCGGCUGCCUGGACACGUUCGCCGGCCGCCCCAGCCUGCAGGCCCUGGCCCGCCUCGCCGGCGUCGCCCCCUCGGAGGGCGGCCCGGAGCUGGCGGACGCCGACGUGGCCCUCGAGGCCCUCAAGUGCCUGUGCAAUCUGGUGCUCAGCAGCCCCGCGGCACAGGCGCUGGCAGCCGAGGCCGGCCUGGUAGUGCGGCUGGCGGCGCGCGUGGAGCUGAACCGGGAGGGGAGCGUUCCACACGAUGUGCGCUUCUUCGACUUGCGGCUGCUAUUCCUGCUGACCGCGCUGCGCACCGACGUUCGCCGGCAGCUGUUCGCCGAGCUGCACGGGGUGCACCUGCUGACCGACGCCCUGCAGCACACGCUGGGUGCGACGCCCACCCUGGGCCCGCCUGAGUCGCUGCCCCUGCCAGAGACAGAGCGCGCCAUGGAGAUCCUUAAAGUGCUCUUCAACAUCACCUUCGACUCAGUCAAGGGGGAGGCGGAGGAGGAAGAUGUUGCCCUGUACCGGCGCCUGGGGAUGCUUCUGCGCCACUGCCUGAUGGUCACUGCGGGAGACCGCACGGAGGAAUUCCACGGCCAUGCCGUGAACCUCCUGGGGAACCUGCCCCUGCGGUGUUUAGAUGUCCUUCUAACCCUGGAGCCCCACGAAGGCUGCCUAGAGUUCCUGGGGGCCAACAUGGACGUGGUCGGGGUCCUCCUUGCCUUCCUCGAGAAGCGGCUACUCCAGACGCACAGGCUGAAGGAGGGUGUGGCCCCCGUGCUGAGCGUGCUGACAGAGUGUGCCCGCAUGCACCGUCCAGCCAGGAAGUUCCUGAAGGCCCAGGGGCCACUGCCUGCCCAGGUCCUACCCCCACUGCGUGACGUGCGGACGCGGCCCGAGGUCGGGGAGCAGCUGCGGAACAAGCUGGUCCGGCUCAUGACACACCUGGACACGGAUGUGAAGAGGGUGGCUGCAGAGUUCCUGUUUGUCCUGUGCUCUGAGAGCGUGCCCCGGUUCAUCAAGUACACCGGGUAUGGGAACGCUGCCGGUCUCCUGGCUGCCCGGGGCCUCAUGGCAGGGGGCCGGCCUGAAGGUCAGUACUCGGAGGACGAGGACACGGACACAGACGAGUACAAGGAAGCCAAGGCCAGCAUCAACCCAGUGACCGGGAGGGUGGAGGAGAGGCCGCCCAACCCCAUGGCAGGCAUGACGGAUGAGCAGAAGGAGCACGAGGCCAUGAAGCUGGUGAACAUGUUUGACAAGCUUUCAAGGCAGAAGGUCAUCCAGCCCAUGGGCAUGAACCCCCAGGGCCACCUCACACCCCUGCAAGAGGCCAUGAGCCAAACCAUGGAAGGGCAGCUCUCCUCAGACACCGACUCGGACCCGGACUGAGGACCCUUCUGCUCUGCAAACUAAAACUGGUGCUGCCUCUGGAGCCGGGAGGGGCCCGGGCCCCUCCGCAGCCUGGGAUUCCCCCUUCCUCCCAAGGUUUUGCUCUGGCCAUGCUGUCCCCAACUGGCAGCCUUGUCCCGCUGUGACUCCAGGCACAGAUGAAGUUGGUUUUCAUGCUGCCACAAGAGCAUAUGGACCACAGGGCCUGCCUGGACACGAGCCAGCACAUCAGGGCAGGGUCAGGCUGGGCGUGAGGAUGCUGGAAGCCACAUGCAGAUGUGGCAACAGCCCCACCUAUUUCCAGCAAGCUCGGGAACCACAUGAUGUGAAGGGAAAAGCCCUUUAUGAGACAGCCACAAAACAUCCCACAAUAAAAAUGAUGUUGGGCAAGAA